AUGGCCGCUUCUUCUCAACCACGACCUCUCUUUGUGUACGGCACGCUUCGGGCGCUGCCCUUGCUUGCUUGGGCGUUGACGGGAGAUGCCACAAAGAUAAGCACUGUAGAGGCCUUCGUGCAUCCUGCCAAGGUCUCCGGUUAUGCUAGGUAUACCGUUAAUUAUCGUGAUUAUCCUGCAGUCAUCAAGAAGGAUGAUCAUGAGGUUGAUGGGUUUAUACUUCUCUUAGAAACUAAAUCGCAGCGGAAGAAGCUAGACGACUUUGAGGGCGAUCUCUAUACCCCUACGGCUAUCCUUGCGACCCUCGAUGACGGAACUACCAUGGAAGCAGACAUCUAUCUCUGGGGUGGUGAUUUUGAGGCCCUCUCUACGGAGCCUUGGGAGCUGGACACUUUCAUUAAGGAAAGACUUGAGGAUUGGCUAGACCUCUUUGAAGGCAUGGAGUUAGUUGGGGAAUCCGACACAGAAUAA